AUGUCCACUGUCACUCUGCCAGUCUCUUCGGAACCACGAGAUUUCACCCCGACGCUGGAAGCACGACUCACGGAAACGAUGCGACGGCGAUACCUCGUGGUUGCUGCGCUUUGUGUGAGCUUCGGUACCGCGGCACUGGCUCUAGAUUCAAGCCCCGUCAGUCCGUCCCAAACUGCGGCGCCUAGCCUGACGGACAGCAAUAAGUUGCGGGGUGGCCGGACUGCCAGGACGCAAGAUGAUAACGACAGCGAAGGUCAAGAGGAAAGACAGCUUGGGCCUUUGGACACGUUCAGACUGGCUGUUGCCAAACUCGCUGGCAGGGACGACUGGAUUCCGAAGGCUGCUCAGGAGCUACUCGCCGAAGAAGAAUGGAGGAAGACGGCUAGCGUAUUAAACUUGCUAAACGAUGUCGAACGGAUGGAAAAGCUAUUUCGCGAAAACAAGGGGGAAAUCGACUCUCUAAUUCAAAAUCGCUUCUUCCAAGAGGCAACAAAUGAGGAAUGGAUGGAGUUAUCGUACAUGUUAGGGCUAUAUCAUGCGCUUGGUAGACUAUCGAAUGCCAUCAAGUUGCCUCGAGAACUAAAGCAUCUUCCGUCAGAAGGUAGGUAG